UUUGAUUCGGAUCUUUUUAGGAGAGCAUUGGGAGCCGAUUCUUGGAAAACAGAAGAGAAAUAGCGGUUACAACAACCUUUGAUGUUUGAAUGAUACAUUAUAAAGCGUUAGGAUCAUAUUGUGAUCACGCGCCCAGCACUACAUUUUGAUGUGAAAUUCAAAUGUAGCGGAAUUAAGUGAGAAUGAAGAGAGUAAACGGUCCUGCUGCGUCACGUGAUUCGGAAAAGUGUAAUAUCGAAAGUGGACAAACUACAGGACAAAUAACAAAUCUGGACUGUACAGGUUGCUUUGGUCAAGAUGCUGCAAGGAUCAAAAACACGUGUGUUUCUAUUCAACGAAAGCGGUAAAUUCCCAGAUGCCCAAAAGGACAUUGUGGAGCGGCUGAAAAAACGCCUUUCCCUUCAGGAAGUGCGUUCAGCGGAUGAGUGCGAUGUCGUCAUCUCCUUCGUUCCUAUUGUGUCUCGGGCUGGAACAGACAUCGAAGCUGCUCUUCAAAAAAUCCCAACAAAUCACCCCGCUGUCCUCGUGGUGUUCCACCACACAUUUGAUGAGAACUACAUCGCUCCACAGAGCCAAAGGUGUGUGACGAGAGAUGAUGUGUUUGCUGCAGACUUCCUCUGUUAUGAAGAUGUUGGACUGCUAAACGGCUUAACCAAUGAGGAGGCCCUGAAAUCCAUCACUGAUCAUUUGAUCUCUAUUGCACCCAGUACCCCGCUUAUACCAGUUCAUCCACGACCACAGAGACGUUUAAAGAAAUGUGUGUGUGUGUCUGUUUUGAUUGCUGUUUGUUUUGCGGUACUUAUUUACCUUAUUGUUUGGGCGAGUCAGUCACAAGGUGCCAUUCCUACUACAGUGAGCCCUGUAACUACAGAAGGGCCCUACACCAAUGUAACCACACUGGGGCCCAAAACCAAUCUAACCAUACAGGGGCCAACAUCAAUGUAACCACACAGGGGGCCAACACCAAUGGAACACAUAGGGGCUUAACAAGGGGGUUUGGACAGAAGUGACAUUUCACCAACUUUACAUGAGAGCCAAAAGAGAGAAAUAAAGAAACAAACAUAAAGAUCAUAGUUUCACAUGAUUUUAUACAGUAAUUUCAGUCUUUAAUUAAAAAAAACUUUAUAAACACAUAGUUGUACUUAAUGAACAAUAUUUUCCUAGUUAUUAAGAAAAUAUAUAUUUCUCUUAUAUUAUUAUGUUACUAGAUUAGAUGUCAGAACUGCUCUCUUCAACACUUACUCGUUCUAAUAUGAGAAUCAUAUUUUCUUUCUCUUUAUUUUCUUUGCUUUCUCUGCCUUUUUGUUCUUGGGUUAACCGUUUCGUGUGCCCGCUCCUCUGCAUUAUCUGCGUCCUGUGCCUGCUUUAUGGUUUGUCCUCGUCCUUUGACCUUGUGUAGUCUGUCUCUUGAGCCUGAUCCACUGCAGUUUCUGUUUCCUGUCACUUAUAAUAUGUAUAAUUAAAUCCUCGCAUUUUUAGUACAUAAUGCUUCUCAUAAUUUUCCAGGUAAAACAACUUUAGCACAUCACUAUAAUAACAACCGUAGAAACCAGGUGGGAGAGUAUCACUUAAUGCUUCUUAGGUUUUCUCAAAACUAGUGUAACUGUGUGUUCUAACGGUUAAUAUUACCUCCAGUUACUGUAAUUAAUGUUUAUAAAAGCUACAAGACUGUAUCAGUAUGUAAAGAUUACAUGAUUAUUUGUUUUUUGUUUAUAGUGCAAAAAAUAAUGCUCUUUGUGU